UUUUUUUUUUUUUUUUUUUGAGAUGGAGUCUCACUCUGUCACCUAGGCUGGAGUGCAGUGGUGCAAUCUCAGCUCACUGCAACCUCUGCCUCCCGGGUUCAAGUGAUUCUCCUGCCUCAGCUCCCUGAGUAACUGGGAUUACAGGCACACACCACCACGCCCAGCUAAUUUUUGUAUUUUUAGUGGAGAGGAGGUUUCAUCAUGUUGGUCAGGCUGGUCUCAAACUCCUGACCUCGUGAUCCGCCUGCCUCAGGUUCCCAAGGUGCUGGGAUUACAGACGUGAGCCACUGUACCUGGCCCACAGUCUUUUAUCUUAACCCAGACAUUCCUUUCUGUUAAUGCCUGGUCUUUAGGUAAAUUCAACCAAUUGUCAAACAAAAUUUUUAAGUCCACCUAUAAGCUGGAAGCCACCAUCCUCGACCCCCGCACUGAGUUGUCAUGCCUUUCUGAACCAAACCAAUAUAGGUUUUAAAUGUAUUUGAUUGAUACCUCAUGCCUCCCUAAAACGUAUAAAACCAAGCUGCACCCUAACCACCUUGGGAACAUGUUCUCAGGACCUCUGUCCUGAGGGCUGUGUCACAGGCCAUGGUUACUCAUAUUUGGCUCAGAAUAAAUCUCUUGAAAUAUUUUACAGUUUGACUCUUUUUGUCAACAACAGCAAGCCACCAGCACUCCUGGUGAGGGAAGGGUAGAGGGAACUUUUUAUCAGCGAAAUGGGAGAGGUUGACAGAAACUGCUUAGAAAGAGUUCAUUGGUUCCAGAGGCCCAACGCCAAAGCUCAAAGUUGUCCUCAGUUCAUUGGUGGAGCUGCCAUUACUGGGCAAAUGUUUCUUCCGAGCAUCUUAUCUGAAUUACUGUAGUCACAAAGAUCGUCUAAAUUUUAUCAAAGUAGGAGACCCGCGAAUGACACAAAAGGGUUUCUUGCGAGGUUUUUCGAAAGUCCUUGUAAAUAGUUCUUAUCUCACACACUAGGCCUGAGCCUCCUGUCCUUCCCAGCCCUGUCUGUCUGGGCCUGACAACGUGAUUUCAUUCCUUAUUCGUAACUUUCACAAAACAAAGGCCCUGGUCUCAUGAACUCACUGCACAAAGUGACCCUGGUUCGCUGGGGGCAGAUAAGCGAUGCUAUCUGCCUGCCCUGGUCCAAACAUCUCAUCUGGAAUACUGCAGGCCAGUGGAAAUGCCCGGAAUAAACUCUGCUUACAAGGUAAUAGCGAGCCUCACUGGCAUUUCAGAAAUGGCGUGACAGCUGCUUCCUUAGGGCCCUCCCCACUCCAUUUUGGUUACGUUGUGACAUAAAUUACUCCAUUUUGAACUACAGGGUCAUUCCUCAGCCUCCGCCAACCCCGCGGAUCCCCCCUCAGCCCUGCUGUAUCAGCCUUUCAGAUCCUCCUUCAGCCUCUCAGGUCCCCCUCAGCCCGCUGCGUCCCUCUUCAGCCCCACCUUGAACUUUCCUCAUCCCCAGAGAUCCUCCCUCAGCCUCCCUUGAUUCCCACCUCAGCGCCCAAGGAUCCUCCCUCACUGCCCCCUGGGACCUCCCUCAGUUCUGCGGAUCCCCCCUCAGCCUCUUGGGACCUCUCACCCCUUCUAGAUCCUUCCUCAGCCCCGCAGAUCCUUCCGCAGCUCCCCCUGGAUCCUCCCUCAGGCCAGCUGGUGCCCACUCAGCCCCGCGCAUCCUCCCUCCCUCAGCCCCCACCGGGAUCCUCCCGCAGCCCCACCUGGGUCCUCCCUCAGCCCAGCUGGUGCCCCUUCAGCCCCGCGGAUCCUCCCUCAGUUCCCUUGCGUCCUCCCUCAGGACCCCUGGGUCCUCCCUCAGACCUCCGGGACCUCUCUCAACUCUCCUGGAUCCUCCCUCAGCCCUGCGGAUCCUCCUUCAGCUCCCCACCCGGGGUCCUCCCUCAGACCCGCGGGUCCCCCUCGACCCCGCUGGCCUGCCCUGGUCCUCCCGUAAGAACGGAGGUCACCUGGCCGACGCCGCCUCGCUCCUCGUACUGCAACAGCGCCCCGCAGGCCUCGCCUACCUAGGCUUCGCCCCGCCCACGAGAUUACAUCACACCGCGCCGGCCCCGCCCAACGGGGGGGUAUAUCUUGGUGUCUCACCGCCCACUCUUGCCUCGCCCCGCCAUGGAAUACGUCCUACCGCGCGACGCAGCGCCUGCCAGUGACGUUGUGGGCUGCAGCGCUGCAGCACCCAACGCAGUGAGUGUGCUGUGACCUCCUGCGUGGCCUCGUCCCUGGUCUUAGUUUCCACCGGGCAGUGGGAGUCAGGACCGCCUGUCCUCAGGCCCCUCCUCAGCGACUGUAGCGGCUGCAGGUUGCACGCCAGGGCCUGUACUUACCACCACCACGUGCCACGGGACUCUAAGGAGGAAUGGCGGCCGUGGGCAGCCUGCUUGGCCUGCUGAGGCAGAGCACCGUGAAGGCCACCGAACCUGCACUCCGCCACCUGCACACAUCCUCCUGGCAGGCCGACAGCAGCAGGGCCUCACUCAGUCGUGUGAACCGCCAAGCUUAUGCACGACUCUACCCUGUACUGCUGGUGAAGCAGGAUGGCUCCACCAUCCACAUCCGCUACAGGGAGCCGCGGCGCAUGCUGGCGAUGCCCAUAGAUCUGGACACCUUGUCUCCUGAGGAACGCCGGGUCAGGCUGCGGAAGCGUGAGGCUCAGCUCCAGCCGAGGAAGGAGUACAAGCAAGAGCUCAGUGAUGACUUUCAUGUGGAGCACUACCAACAGUUCUGGAACAGGACCAAGAAGUGACCGUGGCUCCAGCCACCCCGGGACGUUGAUAAGAUGGGAGGGCUGUUCUUAAAUCACAUAUUCUCGAAGCUGCCA